GACGCCGUUUUGCAGCGGACUUUCAAAUUGAAACCAAAACACGGCGCACGUUUGGCUAACUUUCGUGGAACAAAGUGCGUAUCGGUGAAAUUGAAGCGUCUCGGCGGCUAACCAAAGGAUCGACACAAUGUCUACGGCUGAGUCCAUCAUCUCGUCGAGACAGACGCAGAAAGAAAUCAACGGCAUCGCCACGCAAGUUGUCUGCACAAAGUUCAGUAAUUACAUAUUCAUCGUCAUAACGCAAUACGGCAAGAUCGGAACGUUGGUGUCCGUCACGCCCGAGUCCAGGUGUGAUGACUUCAGCGCCCCGAUAUUCGCCACCAAAGUGCUGCUGGGAAGGGACGAGCCCCUGACACACGUGUGUGGCAAAAACCUGGGAACGUUUGUCUCGCUAGAAGCCGGCAACAGGCCCGUCUUACUGGGACUGGCACUCAAGGACUCGUCCGUAGAUGCAAUCAAGCAAAUGAAAGAACUCAUCAAAAGUUGUCAAGUUUGGUAGGAAGACUGUAAAAUGGACAGGAAGAUGCCCCAUAAUCUCUUUUUUUUGUUGUUUUGUUUUUGUCUUUUUCUAUAACCCCAAUUCGAAUGAAGUUGGGACAUUGUGUUAAACAUAAAUAAAAACAGAAUACAAUGAUUUGCAAAUCAUCUUCAAUCUAUAUUUAAUUGAAUACACUACAAAGACAAGAUAUUUAAUGUUCAAACUGAUAAACUUGAUUGUUUUUAGCAAAUAAUCAUGAACUUAGAAUUUUGUUGCUGCAACACAUUCCGAAUAAGCUGGGACAGGUGGCAAAAAACACUGAGAAAGUUGAGGAAUGCUCAUCAAACACCUGUUUGGAACAGUUUGAACAUUACAUAUCUUGUCUUUGUAGUGUAUUCAAUUAAAUAGAGGUUGAACAUGAUUUGCAAAUAAUUGUAUUCUGUUUUUAUUUAUGUUUAACAUAAUGUCCCAACUUCAUUGGAAUUGGGGUUGUAGUUGAGUUGAAUGUUUUUGGUAGCAAGCUAAUAGAUGUGUUAUUGUCACAUUUUACCAGUUGGCAAAAACAAUGCUCACUGGUUUUAUCAUUUGCCAUGUUAACACGGCUCAUCAUGUUAUUCCGUUGCAAUGUAAAUAUCCUAACUCAUCUCAUUUUCAAUAAAAGAU